AUGAUGCGCUCGCCAACCCCCCGUAGCAAGGCUAUCGACCGCAUGAUGGUCCCGCUCGACUAUGUUCCUCUCAAACUGGACGAGCGUGCCCGCUUACAGGAAGCCGUCUUCAAAUGCAAGUGGUGUACCGUGGACCGCGUGCGCGAACAGAUUCCGACAAUGCAGAUCCUGACUAUCUACCGUCGUUGGAUCGACGCCGGUAUCGUGACAGAGAAAGACGAGCAGGCUGCUUUUGAAAAGCUCAUAGCACGCAAGGACGAUGGCGUCCGCAUCUUCCAUGGCAAGGGCGGGCCAAUGAAGGAACUCGCUAGCAUGCCCCCAGAGUUCUUUCAGAUGGCUCCGAACGCGUUGAAAGGAACCCACGAAUACAAGCUCCAUGUCAUGCCAAUGGUCACCACCGAGCUCCAAUGUGUGGAUAUAGGGUUGACUGUCAAUAUCCCUGCACUUGACCUGUGCAAAUUCCCAUCCCAUCUCCUCCGAGGCCGCAGCAACGGUUUCCUUCCAGAAGACGUUGCUUUCCUGGAGAUGCUGCGCAUGACCUCAUGCAAUUGGACCCCUGGACAGAGCUCCUUAGCACCCUCGACCCUGACCAAAGUCGACCGCAAUGCCCUGAACGAAGGAAUCCAGAACGCAAUCCGUCACCAGAAUUUCAAUGCCAUGCUCUCCCUCCUCAAAAUCGACGAGUUCCUUUUCCGCUACAAAGCAGAGAACCAAGGCCGUGGCGUCUACUAUACGAUCCCAUCUGAACACUUUAUCGCUGUUACCCGCACUGGCCGCGACAAGCCACAUCUCAACUUGGCUUUCUUUGAGGCUCUCCUUCGUGCCAGUGCGGAGUCUUUGCCUAGCUGGUCAUCCGAGAUCACGAACUGGACCGUCGAUAAUAUGGAACUUGCGAAGAAGAACCCGAAUACUUAUAAUCAGAUCAAUGGCAAGUUUGCGCGCUGGUUGUCGAAUUUUCUGCUGCGUCUCCCUGCGCAGGUUGAGUAUGCCCAUGAUUUCCCGACUGGUCAACUGUUCUGUAAUGGCCAGUUGGAUAUCAUGGAUCUCGAGGGCUGCCGCUUUGUCGAUGAGGUUCUUGCUCCCUUCCGCGAACCAUUGGGGAAUUGGAUGACGGAGAGUUCGUUCCGGACUGAGGAUCACUGGCUGAAGAAGUUCGGUCCUCCUCUUCCUCCAUGA